UGAAGAAAGUUUAGUCCUGACCUGGUUGCCGACCAGGUCGGACUUUAUUAAUGUCUUCGUUUCUUUUUCUCGUGAAAGUGGAAUGACAAAUAGAAAUAUUUUUAUUUUUCGAUUUUUAAUAGGAUUUCUAUAAUAAUGCCAUUUGUGUUCGAAAAUAUGUUGAUAUCUUUUAAUACGUUCAACAGGUAUCAUUGACGAACGGAAUUAAAUGUCCUGCGAAGGCACAUUUUCAUAUAAAUAUUAAUUUCAAAAUAAUUAUAAUCGCGCGUGAAAUUUUCCAAGGUGUUCCAGACAGUAGUAACGACGAUCUUGUUGAGAUGGUUCUUCGUAGGGAUGAAGCGAAACUCUUGAAAAUCAACUAAACGCAACCGAGCAGAAAUACUUCGCCGGUUAACAGGUGCGCUACAUGAAUGCCAUCAACGAUGCACCGCCGAGUUUCUGGAAAUUCGGUGAGGAAAAAGGGGAAAAUAAAAAUACAGAAAACAUCGAUAAUACUGUUGUAAAAUGUGACGACCAGCUAGAGAUUCAUCACGACGAUAAAAAAAAUGAAGAAAAGCUUACAGAAGAUUCUCCUUGCGAGGUUUUGGACUCUGAUCUAUCAACAGAAUUAUCACCGACACUGCAAGAAAGAUUUUUAUGUGUCAAACAAAAAGUGAAAGAUGCAAUAAAUGCUCAUCAUACGUUUAUGAUAUAUGGAAGAGCAAGAGUGAUUCGUGAAACUUUGCUUAAGAAAGGAUGGUGCGAAAAAUUCUUUAGAAGAAAUUCUAAUGUCGAACAGUAUCUACAUGUUGAGUCUAAUCCAAUAGUAUUAUUGAGGGGUAUUGGUGACUUGAAAGAUCAACAAAGUGAACGACAAUUAAUUUCAAGAAUGCUGAGUAAUCAUACCGUCGAUUUUCUAUGGAAUACAGGAUCGGAAUGGCCUGGUUGGCCUUCGCAAGAAAAUAAAACGACGGUAUUCAAUAGGUUCUAUCGCGCUGGUUUUACUUCUAAGAUUGGUCUAUGUUCAAACGUCAGACAGAUGCAUUGGUAUUACGAAGCUGGAGUAGCUAACACUCUAUUUCCACGUUGCUAUAAUAUAUGUCAGGGUGAUCAGAUGCACGCAUUUAUCGAAGACUUUCGAUUCACCACUUGCCUGAGUCUCUUGAAGUGGCUGGUAGACAAAAUCGAUACCGAAGGUGAGAACGCAACGCGAUCACCAACAGGUACGAUACCUUUGAAAGCUCUUGACUUUGCUAUCAAAAGAUGCAGCGAUUAUAUCAGUGCACAAUCGCACGAGGACAUCGAUCGAGAAACUGAAAAGGUUUGGUCUCAUCAAUGGGACCAGUUUAUUGGAUGGUAUUACAAAAUUGUUUCAGACGAUGCUGUAUUCAUUCGCAACAAUGUACCUUUUCAUAAAUACUUCCUGGCAGCACGACACUUAUUAAAAAGGAUUAAAAAGUAUUGGCCACAGAUCGAUAUGGAUGGUAUUAUGAACGUUUGGAUAUUAAAACCAGGAAAUAAAAGUCGUGGUCGUGGGAUUGUAUUAAUGAACAAACUCGAUCAUGUUAUUGCAAAAGUUAAUCCAUCGAACAAAGCGGAUGCUCGUUAUGUCGUUCAAAAAUAUAUUGAACGACCACUUCUCAUCUAUAGCACAAAAUUCGAUAUAAGACAGUGGUUCAUCGUGACGUGUGCACAACCCUUAACUGUAUGGAUGUUUAAGGAAAGCUAUCUACGAUUUUGUUCGCAAAAAUUCUCUCUUACGGAUUUUCACGAAUCGAUUCAUCUCUGCAAUCAUGCGGUUCAAUGCAAGUAUAAAAAUUGCAUUGAUAGAGAUCCAGCACUUCCGGCGGAUAAUAUGUGGGAUGCUACGACUUUCAAAGAAUAUCUCAGAUCUCAAGGUCACGGGGAAGCUUGGGACGAGCAAAUUUACCCUGGCAUGAAGCAAGGACUGGUGGGAUCCCUUUUGGCUAGCCAAGAAGCGAUGGAUCGUCGAAAAAAUAGUUUUGAAUUAUACGGAGCUGACUUUAUGGUUAUGGAUGAUUUUUCGGUAUGGCUUAUAGAGAUUAACAGUCAUCCUGAUAUGAGCUAUUCUAGUAGCGUGACUACACGUUUAUGUAGGCAAGUCAUGGAAGAUACUAUCAAAGUGGUAGUAGAUUAUCGAGAAAAUAAGAACGCUGAUACAGGAUUAUUCGAGUUAGCAUACAAACAACGAAUGCCAAGUUGUCAGCCCUAUUUAGGAGCUGCAUUAUCUCUUCAAGGUACUCGUAUUCUCACAAGUGAAAAAAAAUCUAAUUGGAAUCUGCAUGAAUCGAAGACGAGUCUUACGUCCAAAACCCCUGUGGUGCCCCUGGCUAAGAAAAAAUCUCUGGUACAUAGUCAGAUAGGACCUGUUAUCGUUGAUCUUAUCGAAGAAUUAGAAAUUCAAUUGGAUCAAGAAUUUUAUUCUUAUUAUAAAACGGAAUCGCCUAAUCACAGACAAGCAUUACCAGCAACGGCACCAGUAUUCCCAAGAACUUCAAAAUCAUCUAUGCCAUUUGAGAAACCUGACAGAAUGACAAAAAGCACAUCUGCUGGAACAGUUCGUACUCGUGCGUCUACAAAACAUUCUCAUUUGGAUCAGUCGAAGGUAACGUAUAAGGAAAAAUCUUCAAAUCCAAAAAUUAUAAGAAAAGUACGUGCCACUCCUAUCACGAUGAACAUUAAACACGAAGUAUCUUCUACGAGGCAAACAUUACUAUCAAAGAUUAUGGCUUUGCAACAACAAUCGUCUUACGUUGUACCGAAAGUAAACAAAUCAUUUAAGAAGAACGAAGAAAAGAUCAUUCAUACAGCUGUACGAGAUGCUAUGAAGAAAUAUAAGAGAACUGGAAAUAUUACAGCUAAUAUACCAACCAUACCGCCUUUACCAUCUUUACUUACACCACAUAACAAGGUCGCUCAUACGUCCACGACAAAAAAUAAAAGUCGAGCAUAUUCGAAAAAGACGAAUGAAAAAAGAAACAAAGUUCUGACGGACGUCCCGAAUAUGUAUGCUUUUGGUCUUAUCGGAUUAGAACAAGUAGAGAAGUUAUUACGGCAACCUGCUAACUUUAUAUGGUAUACCAAUAAGAAGGCAUUCGCAAUACGAAUGGAUGAAAAAACAUUAAUAAACAAAUUUGCAGGAUGUUAUUUCACAUCGAAAAGCAUACAAAUCGAAGAAUUCAAACGCGAUUUUUAUAUCACUGCAUGCACUGGAAUAUUGAAAUGGUUUUUAUUUUUAACAAGUAUAGCAGGACCUAACUCUGCAUGGUCCCCGGAUGGUACGAUUCCUAUAAAUGCAAUUUUAUUUGCUCUCGAACGUUGCGUGGAAUAUUUAAGUGUAAGAAUACACGAAGACAUAGAUAGAGAUGAUUACAAAGAUGCUCCUGCAACUGCUUGGAAUCAAUUUUUACAUUGGUACGGAAAUAUUAUAAAUCAUCAUGCCAUUUUAAAGACAAAUGACAAGGUUGAUAUAAACGUACUGUUAACGUUAACUGACAACAUUUUAAAAGGGAUGUCAAGGUGUCGUCCACAAAGUCGUGUAGAUGGUAUGCGAAAUAUUUGGAUUUUAAAGCCUGGUGAUAAGAGUUUAGGAAGAGGUAUUGUUCUUAAAAAUUCUUUGAAUGAUAUAUUACAUAAAGUAAACCAAGCUGCGAAGGAGGGAAUGCAAUAUGUUGUCCAGAAAUAUAUUGAACGACCCUUACUCGUUCACAAGACAAAGAUAGAUGUUAGACAGUGGUUUUUAAUAACUAGUACGCAACCUCUCAUUGUAUGGAUGUAUAAAGAUAUUCUAAUACGCUUUGCAUCAAAAAAUUUCACGCUUGACGAUUUCCACGAGUCUAUUCACUUAUGUAAUACAACUGUACAAUUGAAAUAUAGAAAAUUGCCUAGAACGAAUUUACAAUUACCAAAUGAAUUUCAUUGGAAUCUUCAAAAUUUUAAAGACUAUCUCAGAUCGAAAAACGAAGAGGCAGCAUGGGAAAAAAUUAUCAGACCAAGUAUCAAACAGAAUUUGGUAGGUGCGCUGUUAGCAUCUCAGGAUUACAUGGUGAAUCGAAAGAAUAGUUUUCAAUUAUAUGGUGCAGAUUUUGUAAUAAUGGACGAUUUUUCUGUUUGGCUAAUCGAAAUCAAUACGAAUCCUCGAUUGCAUCCACCUAGCAGUAGUGUUACCGCAAAACUUUAUCCAGAAGUUAUCGAAGACACCAUAAAAAUUAUUAUAGAUCGUCGAAAGAGUCGAAAAAUGUUACAUGGUAAAUUCGAAUGCAUUUUCAAACAACGUCAUGCAUUUUAUGGGGUCAACGUUUUAGGUCAAGGAACAAGUCUUAGUAUACGAGGAAAAAAGAUCUAAUCUCGAUAUCUCACGAAGUCUAUAAAAUAACAUCGAUCUGAAAUUCAUGAUAAAACAAAAAAAUACGAAGCAAUCGAAUAUCGUGC